CAGUUGAUGUGCGAGGAUGGGUCGAAGAGGUCCGAUUCGAUGGGGCCUAGCCCUUUUUGCAUUAGUUUUAGUGUCUCAACGAACGUUAGCCGAUCAUAAGUGCAAAACCGGAUGCAAAGGAAGUUCUCACACAUUUAAAUAUGCCCCCGGAACGACGUACAAAUACAAUUACGAAGGAAAAAUCGAUAUAUCGCUAUCCUCCGCCGAAGGACAACUGUCCUCUACCGACGUGAAAGCCACCGUUCUGCUCACCCAGCAAACGGACUGCAAUCAACUGCUCCGGCUCCAGAACGUCCACGUAACCACCAGCAAUGGCAAGAAGCUCGGCCACAUUCCCGACGUGGAGAAGCCCGUCCAGCUCAACUUCCAAGACGGCCGCCUGGAGGACAGCAUCUGCGCCGAUCCGGCCGACACCCAGAACUCGCUCAACAUCAAGCGCGCCAUCGCCUCGCUCUUCCAGGCCGACCUGAAGGGCGGCCACGAGACCGACAUCUUCGGCGUCUGCCCCACCGAGGUGGUCCAGCACCACGAAGGCUCCGACCUCGUCGUCCAGAAGAGCCGCGACUUGAACAAGUGCGCCUACAGGGAGCACCUGCGCCAGGACUUCUUCGCCACCACGUUCAACGUGAACAGCGAGAUCAAGUCCAGUCCGAUCCUGAACGGGGACUACAACGCCAAGCUCAGAAUCAAAAACGGCAUCCUCAAUCAAGCCCAAGUCGUCGAGACCUACCUCUACGUGCCUUUCUCUGUGGGCAAGAACGGAGCCAGGGCUGAAAUCGUUUCGAAGCUGCACUACGUGAGCAGCUCGAAGGACAACCACAAAGCCGCCGUAUCCGCCCCGAAAUCCAUCAUAUUCGACAACCCUCACCCGGUUGUGGCCCAAACCAGCAAUGUACACGGUAUUAUGAACGCGGUAAACAACGUGGUGAAGACCAUCGAUGUUGUCGUUGGCGAGCACACCGCCAGGGAAUUCAUAACGUUGAUCAAAACCGUCAGGGCGUCGAAGAAAGACGAUCUUCUCUCCGUUUACAAUCAAGUGAGAUCAGGCAUCGGUAUCAGCGAUAAAGAAGUAGGCAAGAAGGUGUUCUUGGACGCUCUGCUGCAAGCCGGUGAAGGCGAUGCAGUCGAGGUGGCUUUAACUCUUCUGAAAACGCACCAGUUUAACGAUGACGAGAAAAAAUUGGUUUACAUCAGCUUAUCGUUGAUCAGGCAUACUAGCAAAGGAGCCAUCAACAGCGCUGCUCAAUUGCUGAGCCUUCACGACCUCCCCGAAGAGGCCUACUUGGGAAUCGGUAAUUUAGUGGGCAGGUACUGCAGACAGCAUUCCUGCGACAACGUCGACGCCGUGAACCAAAUUACAACGAAACUGGCCGCUAAACUAAGCAAUUCCAAAACUACUGACAAGAAAGUGGAAAACGAGAUCAUCUUGAUCCUGAAAACGCUGGGCAAUUUCGGCCAUAUCAACGACAACAUCGUGCAGAAAAUCAUCGACAUCGCCAAAAACAAGCAGGUCUCCGACAGAUUGAGAGCCGUCGCUUUGGAGACUUACCUUUCCGAUCCGUGCAAGGACAAGCUCAGAAACAGCGCUUUGGCCAUCUUGCAAGACAUCCAACAAGACUCAGAAAUCAGAAUCAAGGCUUACCUGGCGUUAGCUAAAUGCCCCAACGCUAAAAUUGGUAACGCCGUCAAAGCUAUGCUGGAGAAAGAACCGAGUUUUCAAGUGGGUGGAUUCAUCACGUCUCACAUUCGCAACGUGAAAGCUUCCGCUAACCCGGACAAGCACCUGGCCAAGCAAUUCCUCAACUUCAACGUCCCCAAGAAGUUCCCGGUGGACUUCAGGAAAUGGUCGUACAACGGAGAAGUCUCGUACGCCGUAGACACCUUAGGACUCGCCGCCUCCACCGAAGCCAACAUCAUCUACUCGCAGGAAUCCUUCCUGCCCAGGUCCACCAGCCUGAACGUGAGCGCCGAGGUCUUCGGGCACUCGUUCAACUUCCUGGAGCUGAACACCAGACAGGAGAACCUGGACAAGCUCGUCGAGCACUACUUCGGACCCAAGGGCGUACUGAGGAGCGCCUCCUUGAGGGAGCUGCUGAAGAACAACGACCAGGUGCCCGCCAAGCUGUGGGAGCAACUGAACUCGAAGCUGAGCGCCAGCUUGAGGGCGCGUCGCGACGUCUCCAGGCACGAAAUCGACACCAUAGGAAAAGCGGUUCACAUCAAGGAAAACGUGUUGAACACAGAUUUGGAUCUCGACAUCAGCGUUAAAGCAUUCGGUUCGGAAGUUCUGUACAAGAAUUUGAACAUCUUCCAACGCGGUCUUACCGCAGAAUCUGUCAUUGAUAAUAUUGUCAAGAAAUUCAACGAAGGGUUAGAUAAACUUAAAAAGUUCCAAGAAGUCUUCCGAACGAACAUCCUCUUCCUCGACGCCGAGCUGGAUUACCCGACCUCCCUUGGUUUCCCCCUUCGUCUAGCCGUCGAAGGAACCUCGAACACCCAAGUGAAAGCGGAAGGCGGCCUUGACGUACGCGCUUUGCUGCACAACAAAGACACCAACAUCAACAUCAAGCUGAUCCCCAGCGCCAGCAUCGAAGUGACCGGCAGACUGACCCUGGACGCCUUGGUGGUGGAAAACGGUCUCAAAGUAGUCUCCACGCUGUACACGGCGACCGGCGGCGACCUGAAGAUCAACCUCCAGAACGAGCUGAAAGGAGUAGACGUGAAAUUCGGCCUGCCCGUGCAGGUGCAGAAGCUGAUAUCGGCCAAUCACGAGAUCGUGUUCGAGACGCGCGAGGCGGCCGGCGUGGCCGCGGUGACGCCGCUCAAAUUCGCCCAGGUGAAGGACUUCUCCGUGUGCUUGGACAACCUCGUGCCGUUCGUCGGGCUGGCCUUCUGCGCCGUGCUCAACGGGCCCAACCUGGCCGGGAAGCAGGUUCCAGUGUUGCCGUUCCCGCUGGCCGGGGACUCCAAGAUCUCCGUCAGCAUCGAGAACGAAGACCUCAAGGAAUACCACGUAAAAGCUGUUAACAAAGACUUCUCGUCUGUCGAUUUGGUGGUGGAAACGAUCGGGAAAAACGGCAAGAAGAAGCUGAGCUUGGAAUUGCAAGGGGAAGUCCACCCGCAGAAAUUCAUCAAGGCUGCUCUAACGUCGCCUAUUAAAAACGUGUUCGUAGAAGGUAGAUUGACCAACACCGAUCACGAGAAAUCUCUGUUGCUGAAAGCUGGCGAGGACAACGCGCAAUCUUACAUCAAACUUGGAGUUGGAAUCGCCGGUUCGGCCAAUAAGCAAGAAUACUCGCCUAUUCUGGAAUACAAAACUCCCAGCGGCAACCAGCAAUUGCCGGUGCACGUCGACGGUAAAAUAAUUCUGGAAAAACGCGGGGACACCCGUACGAUUGUCUUCGACAACUUGAAAGUUCAUUUACCAAACGAUAAAGUCAUCGGAGUAAACGGAAAAGUGGGAGAAGAAUCACCUUUCGAUUUAUUCACUGAUUUAACCAUCUCUGAAGGGAAAAACUCCGGAAGCAUCAACGGUAAAUACCACUUGGAUAAAAACUCUCUGAAAAUAAAUACCGAAGUAAAGAACACCUUGAAUCCGACAUUCAAUAUUCACCUGAAAGGAGAAACGAAGCGAUCAGAAGAUUUGACGCAUUUCGACAGCAACUGGCAAGUGAUCCACGGCCAAGACUUGUCCUCCAAGACGAACAUUCUAACGCUCACGAACAGCUUCACCAGAAAAUUCAAGAACCCCAACGAUUUUACGUUCGCCACCAAAAACAAGCUCACCUACCCUGCGUUGGGCGUGCACCUGCAAGGAGACUACGAGCAAACGCCCAAUAGCGUGGACUACGACUUGAACUUGCAGUACAACGACAUCAAAUUCAGCUCCGAAUUGGAAGCGUUCAUCAACCAGAAGACCCACGGCGACUUCGACGUGGAAUUCCAAAUCAGCGGUUUGGAGAACAAAGUCGAAUUCAAAGCCAGCAGGGAAGUGCAGGGCAACGAAAAGAGCAAAAUCAACAACGAGCUCAUCCUCAACGGCUUGAAAUUGGCCGUGAAAGGUUUAAUCACGCACAACAUUAAACCCUCGAAUGUCGACGUGGGAGCUGAUUUAACCGUCAUCUUGCCCACGCACCCCACACCUUUCAAAGUGGACAGCUUCCUGCGGUACAACAUCAACGAAUUGGACGUAUCGCACAAAGUGACCAGCGGCAAUCAAGUGGUCAUCGACGUCUUCCUCAAGGCCAACAAGAACGGCAACGCCAACGGCAGCGCCAAGAUCCACGUCAAGAACAUCCUGGAGGUCACCGGUCAACUGAAAGCCGUCAAAGGCCACGGCUCCGGCCACCUUCAAGUCGACGCUCUCACCAUCAAGAAACAACUAAGGCUGGAGAGCACGUUCGACAUCCAACCCGCCAGCGUCUACCACGUCUCUCUCACGUUGUACCCGAACUACGGCGAGGACAAGAACCAGAAGCUGGUGGUGACCACCAACACCAAGCUCGGCGCCGGCAGCCUGGACUCGAAGAACAGCCUCGACCUGCUCGGCAAGGUGCUGCAGGUGAACCUGAAGGGCAACAAGAACCACAACGACCAGAACGGAAAGCACGGCGGCGAGAUCGAGGUGAUCCUGCCCACCGACCAGUACCUGCUCGGCAAGGCGCACGGAGAUUACGCCCGCACCGGCGACGGCGCCUACGACGGCAACGACUUCGCCAGCUUGGAGUACAGGAAGAACAAGAACAACGCCGGUCGCAAGCUCAGCCUGACGACCAAAUACAAGAACGUGAAACCCGAGGCGGGAUUGUACGAUGUGUCUUACACCCUUUCCGCCGACGACGCCAACGGCAACAACAUCAACUCCGAUUUGACCUUUAAGGUCCAAAAACCGGGCGAUAAACGCGACAUUGCUAUAUCAAACAAAAUCUACGGAUCAGUACUGAAAGAGCCCAUCGAGUCCGGUUUGCACUUCUCGUACUUGAAAGGAUCCGGCGACUACAAGGUCACUUACUCGUACGGUCAGAAGGCUGUGAGCAACAUUGGAGGAAAGUACGACGUACGCGGAGGAGAACACCCGAUCCUUGGAGAAUGGGAGAUCGACCUGAAAUUGCCCAGCCAAACGCUGAAGACUCUCAAAAGCAAAGUGAGCGGUUCGGUGUUGCUUCCCAGGGAGGCCAACGAGCACCUUAAAAUUACCGGAGCUGCAACUGUUUACGCCGAGAAUGGGUCCGAUACUUUAGUCGACUUCAGCUCGGACGGCCAUGUUAGAGCCAGCGAUAAAGACGGUGAACUCAAAGGUAGUCUUAAAUCAACGAAACUUGGUCCGGUGUCGGUCGCAGCAGGCUACAGUCGCAAAGAAGAAGGCCCGAAGAAGCAGUACAACGCGAACCUCGGCUUGAAAUACGGCAAAGACAAGAACAUAAAAAUCGACAGUACUUUGAUCAGACCCAACGAGAACGAGUACAAAUUGGACGCGGAAAUCGAAACCCCGCUGGACAACUUCAAGAAAAACAACCUUAAAGUGACCACCAAGAGAUCCGAAGACGGCAAGCACGUCACCAGCAAGGUGGCCCUCACCCACGACGGACACCUAGCCACCCUGGACUCCGAGCUCAAAUUAUCCGAGAUCGCUCCUCUGAUCGACAUCAAAUUCAAGUGUCCCCAAACCAAGGCCUUCGAAUUCCAUUUGGACGGCAACCGAGUCAGCGACAAAGAAUUCGCCUUCAACUACAAACUCCUCUGCGAGAAGAACGACUUCCUGCUGGAAGGAAGCCUGGACGCCAACCUGGCCGACGCCGACAGUUUCCACAUUAAAGGCGACGUCAACUCGCCGAAACUCAAACUCGACAAGAUCACCUUCGAAGCCAACAACAAGCCGGCCAAAGCGGGCAAGAGGAUCCAGAUUCACGUCAAGUCCAACGGCAAGAACCUCGUCACCGGCAGCACCAGCUACAGCACGCACGAGGAGCACGGCAAGUACACCAUCGAGGGAUCCGGCUCGCUGAAGAUCAAAGACGAGACCAAGGCGGCCAAUUUCAAGUACACCUCGCAGCAGCUGACGCAAGAGAAGAACGGCGAGCAGGGCUUCGAGGUGAUCUUCGACGCCGGCGUCGGCGACGACGCCAUCGACGCCGAGCUCAAAGUCACCAACAAGCAGUUCAGAAUUUCGGAAUCGUUCUGCGAGAAGACGAAGGAGUGCGCGCACUUCGAGUACGACUCGAAAGUCAACCACAACGAACUGGACAAAUACAACCACGUGUUGGAGAUAACAGUGGACCUUCGCAAACUGGGAAUACCGAACGAGUUCGGACUCAAAUCGGUAACCAACAGAGAAAACUACGUUUUGGACCACACCGUCGAUGUUCAUUUCCAAAGCCCCGAGAACAGCAAAUACCAGUACAGCGUGUACCUUCAUCCCGACGAAGCCGGCGUGUCUUUAACGACUCCCAAGAGGGUCGUAGCUCUCGAAGGGCACGUUAAAGGACCGAGGAACGUUAAACAAGCAGGCGGUAAAGUAUCCGCCGAAUUGGCCUUCUAUCUGGACAAGAAGAACAACCCCAACCAGAAAGCUGGCGUCAGCGCUUGGAUAUCCGCCGAUCCUCAUCAAUCCAAAGGACUUCUUAACGGUGAAGUUAAAUUCACUCACCCUGGACUUCAAAGACCUUUAUCUGUGUCUCUCCAUUCCACGGAAUCCGGAGAUUUCCCGAACAAACACGGCUCCAUCUCCUUGACAAUCGACAUUUUCGCCCAACCCAACCAGAAGAUCGUGGCCGAGUACAAGGUAUUGCCGAAGGCUAACCAGGACAACGGCCAUUACAGCAUAGAAGCCGUCUUGGAUGUAAAAAGCAGCGGUCUAGGAAUCGAUUUCCGCGCAUCGCAGGAUCUCACCAUCGACAAAGGCUCGUACUCGGGCGAGUACAACGGCAGAGUGAAAUACGACGUGGGCAAAUCGAAAUACGACAACCAACUGGUCGUGAGAGGCGGCAAAAAGGGCUCGCAUUUGCUGGUUAAACUGAUGAACAUCAAUUUGCUCAAGAUCGACAGCAAAUACCACAUCAGCAAAGACGAACAAACCGUCGAAUCCGAAGUAUCCACUUUCGACAACAAACCCGUCGUUCACCACUGGGAAGUCAAGAAAUUCAACACAAUCACCUACUCCGUCUCAUUCAAAGACACUCCUAAAGAGAAAGUCGUUGUCCAUGCUGGGCUUAUCCCCGGCCAAGUGGCCGACGUCCGCGCCGAUCACGUGACGGGAUCCGGAAAAAUCAAUCUCUUCCAAGCGUCGCUCAAACUGGACGACUCUCAUUUCCUUCAACCGGACUACAACAUCAACUCCAAGGAAAUCGAAGUGGUGCUGGACAAAUCGCGAGCGCAGGUGCAGAAGCUGCUGAAGGGACUCGAAUCCGUCGGCAAGGACAUCAACAGCGACAUCCGCAGGGAGGCCAGCCAGUUGACGGAGAUUACGAAGAAGGCCGCGCCGAACUUGGAGCCUCUCAAGAAAUACUACGUAUCGGAGAUACAGAAAAUCAAGGAUGAAAUCCUCCAGGACAAGUCGCUCCAGGAAUUAGGCGAAUUGGUCAAGACUAUCAUCUUUUCUCUAGCCGAUCUCGGUAGCACCAUCGUAGUCCAAGCCGCCAAUGUCCUGCAAGCGGUGGCUGUUGCAGUGCAGAAGGUCGCGUUGGGCGUCAUCGAGUCGCUGGAGAAGCACUUGAUUCCCGCUUUCAGGGAAGUCGCCGACAGAUUCGCUAAUAUUGUCGGAGACAUAAUCAACACGACGGUGGACAUUCUCGCCACGAUUUUGGGUACCAUCAGCCACGUUUUCGAGAAAUACCAGCCGGAGAUCAAGCAACUGGUCGCGACGUUCGGGGAAUUCAGCCACGACAUCGGCAGGUUCAUCCAGAAGGCCUACGAGCAAGUGAGGAAGAUCGUCUCCAACUUGUACAAGAAGAUCGGCGACGAGCUCAAGGGAAUUCCUGUGUUCGAGGAACUUAAAGCGCAAUGGGACGAUCUCGUAAAGGACGGUCUUCCGAACGCCGAAGGUUUACUUGGAGGUCUUAAAGAAAUCGCUGCCACAAUAAAAGACCUGAUUCCUAUGGAAAUUCCCAUACAGGAAGAGAUAUCUCAACUCAUCGACUUGACCGUGGAUUAUUUGGAGAAAAAAAUCAAGGGUCAGCCGGUCGACGACAUCGCCGUGCUCGACAAAUAUAUCAGCAUCUACGCCAAUUUGGGCAGAAAGAUCCUCGCCAUAGUCACCUCUACAACGGCCGACAUGCAGCAACCGCAGAUACCAAUCUCCCUCGACUUCCUCAGGAAACUGCCCAAGCUCGUUGCCAUCAAAUUCUCCCCCAUCGACUACCUGCUGAAGGAAGAUCCCACCAGAGACGUCGUUAAAUUCGGCUUGUCGCUGUUGAACAACCCCAGGCAAUGGGUUCCGCCAUUCCCACUAUUCGCUAGUGCUGGUAAUUCUCACAUUUUCACCUUCGACGGAAAAUACAUCAACUUCCCCGCCAAUUGCAAAUACCUUCUCGCCAGGGACGCCGUUAACGGUAACUUCACUAUCGUUGGUACUUGGGCCAACGGCCGUCUAACCGCUAUUACUGUUGCUGAUGCCCACGAUUCCAUCACUUACAACUCCAACGCGAAAGCUACCUUGAACAACGCCCACGCCGACCUGCCGAUCCACAAAUCCGACCUGCAGCUCUUCAGGGAAUACGAUUCCGUAACGUUCAAAUCGGCCGCCGGAUUGGAAGUCGUUUGCGACAUCAACCUCAUCGGCUGCACGUUCUUCGUCUCCGGCUUCUACCACGCCCAAGCGAAGGGUCUGCUCGGUCUGGGCAACAACGAGCCCUACGACGACUUCACCGUGCCCAACGGCAAGAUCGUCACGUCGGAGAGCGACUUCGGCAACUCGUACAAGAUCGGCAACUGCCAGCCCGUGGCGGCGCCGAAGCCGGCCGGCAAGAGCGCCGAAUGCGACAAGGUCUUCGGCUGGGAGUCCAGCUUGAAGCUGUGCUAUCCGUUCGUGGACGUUGAGAACUACAAGACGGCUUGCGCCCAAGGAUUGGCCGCCAAGGAGGCGGACACCGAGUACCUCACGGCCGCUGCUUACGCUUUGAGCUGCUGGAACCACAACAUUCCGGUCAGCCUGCCUGCGCACUUGAUGAAAUGCACGAACGGACAAGAGGAACGCAAGAUCGGCAGCCAAUUCUCGGUUAAACUACCCGCGAAAGCCGCUGAUAUUGUUCUUAUCAUCGAUACAGCCAAAGUCAACGAGCCUCUCUACCACGAUUUGAUCAAGCCUUUGGUCCAGGAGGUUACUAAAGGUCUAGGUGCAAAAGGAAUCCACGAUGUGGAAUACCAUCUGAUCACCUACGGCGGAGACAGCAAAUGGCCCGGUCACGUAACAGUAGGAGGAAAGUUCACGUUCAAAGGAAACAAGAUCCCCGAGAUCAAAUUCGCCGACAAACCGAAGCGCGACGAGAAAAAUAUGGGCUGGCAUCUGUUCGACAGCGCCGUGAGAGACCUCGAGCUGGCUUUCGGGCAAGAUUUGCAGUCGAAAACCUACACCGAAGCCUACGAGUACCCGUUCAGGGCGCACGCCACCAGAACGUUCAUCGUGCUGACGAGCAAACCGUGCGAAGUGGGAAAAUUGUACCCGUUGCAGAAACUGAGGACGUUGCUGUUCAAAAACAACCUGAUCUCGCUGACGCUGGUGACGCCCGUGGAGAAUUUCGGCGUGAAAGACCCCGCCAAAACCAAGGAAAUCAUCGGCUUCAACGACGAGCAAGUCUACACCGCCUCACACGGCAAGACUAAGAAGGCCGAGAGCAGCGCCGAGCUCUACAAGGAGCUCUUCUACAACGACUACUGCAUCGAUUUCACUCUGAAGAGCCGCGGAAACGUGUUCGUGAGCAACAACUUCUUGGCCGGGAACGAUGAGGUGAAGAAGCAGUUCAUCCACGUGGCCUCUCACAACACCAUCGAGGAAAUCGUGAGCCUCGAGCAGGGGCUGGACUGCGAAUGCAAGCAGGUCAGUCCGUUUACCGCGAGCAACGUUUGCUGGGAGACUUAUUCGAAGGAGAAGAGCAGCCCGAAAAAAGGAGGCGUGAAAGCUUGAAGAGAGAGUGGAACUUUAUUAUUAAGUUACCAAUAAAGACUACAAUAUUAACUUCCGUAUAUUUAGGUAAACGUUACGUUUUUUACAUCAUGGUAUUGAAAUUUGUAUAGAAAUGUAUUUAUGCAUUUAUCGUAAAUAAAAUAAUUAAAUAAUA